GUGAUCGCGCGCGGCGCCCCUCUGUGCGCGCAGCCCGAGCCGCCGCAGCGAUGAAUUCUGCCGAGCAGACCGUUACGUGGCUCAUCACCCUGGGCGUGCUGGAGUCGCCCAAGAAAACCAUUUCGGACCCGGAGGUCUUCUUGCAGGCGUCGCUCAAGGACGGGGUGGUCCUAUGCCGGCUGCUGGAGCGCCUGCUGCCCGGGACCAUCGAGAAAGUCUACCCGGAGCCGCGGAACGAGAGCGAGUGCCUGAGCAACAUCCGCGAGUUCCUGCGCGCCUGCGGGGCGUCCCUGCGCCUGGAGACUUUUGAUGCAAAUGAUUUGUAUCAGGGGCAGAACUUUAACAAGGUCCUCAGCUCCUUGGUGACACUAAAUAAAGUGACAGCAGACAUUGGACUAGGAAGUGAUUCUGUGUGUGCCCGGCCCUCGUCACAUCGGAUAAAGUCUUUUGAUUCCCUGGGAUCCCAAUCUUCACACAGUAGGACUUCAAAAUUGCUGCAGAGCCAGUACCGAAGCUUGGACAUGACUGAUAACGCCAACAGCCAGCUGGUAGUACGAGCAAAGUUUAACUUCCAGCAGACCAAUGAAGAUGAGCUCUCCUUCUCGAAGGGCGAUGUCAUCCAUGUCACACGAGUGGAGGAAGGAGGCUGGUGGGAGGGCACACACAAUGGCAGGACCGGCUGGUUCCCCAGCAACUACGUACGAGAGAUCAAGCCAAGUGAGAAGCCUGUGUCACCCAAAUCAGGGACCUUGAAGAGCCCUCCCAAAGGGUUCGAUACGACUGCCAUCAACAAGAGCUAUUACAAUGUGGUGCUACAGAACAUCCUGGAAACAGAGCAUGAGUAUUCCAAGGAGCUGCAGUCUGUGCUGUCAACCUACCUGCGGCCGCUGCAGACCAGCGAGAAGUUGAGUUCAGCAAACACUUCAUAUUUAAUGGGAAAUCUAGAGGAAAUAUCUUCCUUCCAGCAAGUGCUUGUACAGUCCCUAGAAGAAUGCACAAAGUCUCCUGAAGCCCAGCAGAGAGUCGGUGGCUGCUUCCUGAGCCUGAUGCCGCAGAUGAGGACCCUGUACCUCGCCUACUGUGCCAACCACCCAUCCGCCGUGAGCGUCCUCACAGAGCACAGUGAGGACCUGGGAGAGUUCAUGGAGACAAAAGGUGCCAGCAGCCCUGGGAUCCUGGUGCUGACUACCGGCCUGAGCAAGCCCUUCAUGCGCCUGGACAAGUACCCCACACUGCUGAAGGAGCUGGAGAGACACAUGGAGGAUUAUCAUCCUGAUAGACAAGAUAUUCAGAAAUCUAUGACUGCCUUCAAAAACCUUUCAGCCCAGUGUCAAGAAGUACGAAAAAGGAAAGAGCUGGAGCUGCAGAUCCUGACAGAGCCCAUCAGGAGCUGGGAGGGGGAUGACAUAAAGACGUUGGGCAGUGUUACAUACAUGUCCCAAGUCACAAUUCAGUGUGCAGGAAGCGAGGAGAAGAAUGAGAGGUACCUCCUGCUCUUCCCAAACCUUCUGCUCAUGUUGUCUGCCAGUCCCAGGAUGAGCGGUUUCAUCUAUCAGGGAAAGCUGCCAACAACAGGAAUGACAAUCACAAAACUCGAGGACAGUGAGAACCAUAGGAAUGCCUUUGAGAUAUCAGGGAGCAUGAUCGAGCGCAUUCUGGUGUCCUGCAACAACCAACAGGACUUGCACGAAUGGGUGGAGCAUCUGCAGAGGCAGACGAAGGUCACGUCUGUGAGCAACCCCACCAUCAAGCCCCACUCGGUGCCAUCGCACACACUUCCUUCCCAUCCUCUCACUCCAUCCAGCAAACACGCGGACAGCAAGCCUGUGGCACUGACGCCUGCGUACCACACACUCCCCCACCCCUCUCACCAUGGCACCCCACAUACCACCAUCAGCUGGGGACCCCUGGAGCCUCCGAAGACCCCCAAGCCUUGGAGCCUGAGUUGCCUGCGGCCUGCCCCUCCCCUCCGGCCCUCAGCUGCUCUCUGCUACAAGGAGGAUCUCAGCAGGAGUCCCAAGACCAUGAAAAAGCUGCUGCCAAAACGCAAGCCUGAGCGCAAGCCUUCAGACGAGGAGUUCGCUGUGCGCAAGAGCACAGCCGCUCUGGAGGAAGACGCUCAGAUCCUGAAGGUUAUUGAAGCUUACUGCACAAGUGCAAAGACGAGGCAGACCCUGAACUCAACAUGGCAAGGCACUGACCUGAUGCAUAAUCACGUCUUGGCUGAUGACGACCAAUCAAGUCUAGACUCCUUGGGUCGUCGCAGUAGCCUUUCUCGUUUGGAGCCCUCAGACCUCUCGGAAGACUCUGAGUAUGACAGUCUAUGGACAGCCCAUAGUUACAGAAUGGGUUCUGCAUCCCGUUCACGCAAAGAGUCUGCUCCACAAGUGUUGCUUCCAGAAGAGGAGAAAAUUAUAGUCGAAGAAACCAAAAGCAACGGGCAGACAGUGAUAGAGGAAAAGAGCCUCGUGGAUACGGUGUACGCACUAAAGGAUGAAGUCCAAGAGUUACGACAGGAUAACAAGAAGAUGAAGAAAUCCUUAGAGGAGGAACAGAGGGCCCGCAAGGACCUAGAGAAGCUGGUGAGGAAGGUUCUAAAGAACAUGAACGACCCUGCUUGGGAUGAGACCAAUCUAUAGGCUGACUUCAUUCUCAUAGGCUGAAGACCAGCAGCUCCUGGACAAGGCUGGGGCCCUUGGUCCCCAGCACAGUGACAUUCAGGACUAAGGAGGUGGUCUUCAAAAGGCGAGCAGCAGUGAUGAGCUGUUGCUGAAGUAGCUACAUGUGAGUUCUAGACACCGAGGCCUGGGCCGAGUGAGCACCUCGCAGUACACCUCUCCCUGCAGUGACUGACCAGAGUCCUCGGCUUUGGGACUUGAGUUGAAUCUAUAAAUAGCUUUCCUGUGUACUCCUUGUAAAUACUGAGAUCUGAAUGAACAUGUACCUGAGAGGUGA